UCGAAAAUCUUCAAGCUCCGACCCAGACGCGCUUCUUCAACCUUUCUCUCUCUCUCACCAUUACACUCAGAUUCCUUCGCUCUCUCUCUCUCUUCAAUUUCUGGGUCAACUCGGUCUGAUCCGGUUCGCUCACUCUUCUCCUCUCAAGAUUCCUUGUUUCCUCCUUCUUCUCCACUUCACCUUCUGCUCGUUUUGUUACCGACUUACCUCGAAGACUUCGCUUGCUGGGAUUUCUAUUUCUAGCUGAUUCUCUAUCUGGGUUCUCAUUUCCUCGCCGUUUGUUUGUGGGAGUUGUGGUAUUCGAGCUUUUGUGGGAAGUGUUUCUGGGAGGCCCACUUCGAUUUUGGGAAUUGAAGUCUUGAUUUUUUGUGGGUUCGAAGUUCUGGGUUUUGUCUUAGCUUGGUAUUUGUCGUUUUUGGUUCGUGGGGUUUUGUAGUUGUCGGGUUUUAUGUUCGAAAUUAGGACGGAAUUGUCAAAUUUGUGUCUUUAGGGGUGGAAAUUGGGUACACUGUUAGUGGUUCGGAAUUAGGGUUUCUGUUAUAAAUUGUAUAAAUUUUGUUGGUUUAGUUCUCUGUAAUUUUUUAUGGUGUUUUUGGUGCUGAGAAGAUGGUUUUGGGGUCCAACCGUAUCUAAGACCUCCUAUUGGGCUGAAAUUUGAGUUCUUCUGUUGUCCUGCUUGGAGAUUUUAAUGGGAUUUUGCGACUUCGGGAAGGUCUGUGAAACAGUUUAUGUGUUGAAGUUAAGGUUUCAGAGGUGAAGUGAAAGAUGUUCUAUUCUCAAUUCAUAUUGGCCAAGAAAGGGCCGCUUGGGACAAUAUGGAUAGCGGCACAUUUGGAGAGGAAGCUGCGAAAAAAUCAAGUGGCGGACACUGAUAUUGGGGUCUCAGUUGAUUCAAUACUUUUCCCCGAUGUGCCGAUUGCACUGCGAUUGUCCAGCCAUCUUCUCCUUGGGGUGGUGAGGAUAUAUUCUAGAAAGGUGAAUUACCUAUUUGAUGAUUGUAGUGAAGCUCUGCUUAAGAUAAAGCAAGCAUUCCGCUCUACUGCUGUUGAUUUACCCCCUGAAGAAUCUACUGCUCCGUACCAUUCUAUCACUCUGCCUGAGACUUUUGAUCUGGAUGAUUUUGAGCUUCCAGACAAUGAAAUUUAUCAGGGUAAUUAUGUUGAUCAUCACGUUAGUUCUCGGGAGCAAAUUACCCUUCAAGAUACUAUGGAGGGUGUAGUUUACACCACUUCUCAAUUUGGCUUGGAUGAGCGUUUUGGUGAUGGAGAUGCUUCACAACUUGGUUUAGAUCUUGAUGAGGAACUCUUUGUAGAGAAGAUCACUAUUAAAGGACAUGAUGAAAUUUCAGAUACUGAUCCACAGGCCCCUUCUCAAUCCACAGUCUUUAAAGACAAGGAUGAAAAUAAUGAGGAAAUCCUAGAAACCUUUGAAACGAUGCAGGGUCCAUCAUCUACUACAAGACGAGUGGAGGAGUAUCACACGUCUAGUGUUCAGGAUAGUGAUGGUCCUUUGAAAGUGGAAGAUCAUGGUGUAACGGAACAGGGAGCUGUGGGAACGGAAAAUAAUGAAUCCAGGAAGUCGGAUGUUUAUGGUGGUAAUACCGAUGCUUCAGAUUGGUCUUCCCAUAACGAUUUGGAUUAUGAGACUGUAAGAAGCAUGCAUCCUGAAGAGAAUGGCCAUCUUUCUAGUGACCCAGAAAACAAAGAUGGAAAACUUGAACAGUUUACUUUGUCAACUGAUGAUACAAAUACAAUGGAAAAGAUGAAAGGAGAUGCAUUGAGUGUCCCAAGCACAGGAGAAGAUAUGAACAAUGGAGUUGUAAUAAACAAUGAGCCUGGAAUGACCCUUCUCGAUCACGUUGAUGCAGAAUGUGAACCCAGCAGAUCUACAUUAGAUGCAGCUGCCAUGUCUCCUAGUCGCUCUGGGGUCACCCCUGAUUUGGAGGAUGUGGGUCAUAAAGUUUCUUCAGAUAGCACACACGUCUUAGCAUCAGAGGGUUUUUUGAUUGGUGAUCAAGCAUCCUUAAAGCCUACAGACAGCUCGGGUGAAGUAUUCUCACCUGGAAAAGUUGCUCCAAAUAUGACAUACCAAGAGGAAUCUCCUGGUAGGCCUGAGGUUAUUGAUGCUGAAUCUAAGGAAUUUCAGGAGCCAAAGGACACUGAGGCUCAGAAUUCUUUUAUCGGUGAAGAAAUUACAUCCAUGGAGAAGUCUGUGCUUCAGCCAUGCAAUUCCCAUGUAAUUGAACCUGAUAGGUCAUCUCUUGAAGGUGAAAGCUGCCGAGCAAUUGAUGUGCAAAAUUUGGAAAAGGGCGAGAAGCCUGAUGCAGAAAUGUCAGAAGACAGGCAGGAUGGUUGCAGGGAUUCUGGCAAACAUUUGGAUUCCACGUUGUCUAAUGAUAUUUGCACAGAAAAUUCUAAUAGAUCUCCCACCUCUGAAUUCCCUGCACCUGAGAAGUUGCUUUCUGUACCAGAAGGCCUUACUGAAAUACAUGGUGACCACUUGCCGUUGGAUUCUUCCCUGGACAAAGGGAACUUUGUUGAGGAUGAUGGAGGUGCUUCUGGAACUGAUCUUAUAUCAGGGAAGAAGCGAACUUUCACCGAAAGUACUUUAACGGCCCAGAGUUUGAACUCAGCUGAGUCAGUCGCGGUGCACCGAUCUAAGAGAAUUACCGAAUCCAUUCCUGAUGAUGAUGAUUUGUUGUCAUCUAUUUUAGUUGGAAGACGAUCUUCAGUUUUGAAAAUGAAACCAUCACCUCCUGUGCACGAAACAAUAUCCUUGAAACGUCCGCGAUCUGCACUUCGAGUUGGCACCUCAAAGAAGAAGGUGCUUAUGGAUGAUAUGAUGGUUUUGCAUGGAGACACAAUACGUCAACAGCUUACGAGUACUGAAGAUAUACGCCGUGUUCGUAAAAAGGCACCCUGUACUCGUCCUGAAAUUUCAAUGAUUCAGAGACAAUCCUUAGAAGAUGAAAUUUUCAGUGAAUCCAUAUAUACAGGUAUCACCAAGGAACUAUCCUCAUUGCAUACAAAAACAUUUGACCUUAGUGAAAUCAGGGUUUAUGACAAGGAUCCAGUCAGUGCUUCUACUGAGGCAGGAAACGAUUUUGAGUCUGCUGUUAGGCCAAAUACCACUGAAGAAAGUGCAACAGAAACAAACCCUGAAGCAGUGAUUGGCAGAAAUGAUCUAGAAUCUCAGCCUGCUCAGGUUACUAUUGAGAACGAGUCGGCCAAAGAGUUGACAUUGGAGUGUCCUGAUCUUGAUGUACAAGAGCAGCAAGUGACCUCAACUGAGAAUGCUGGACUGGAACUCCUUGGAGAGAUGGAAAAAAUAGAUACCGAAGUGGGAAAUGUUGCCGAUGCAGCAAAUAGCUUUGACAUUCAGGAGUUAGAGCUGCCAUCCUUAGAUAUUGGGGAUAAAUAUGAUGAUCCUAAUGCUUCGUUGCAGAUGGAUAUUUCUUGCUUUUCUCCAGAGAAGAUGUUUGAAUCUCAGCCUGGUGUUGAAGACACUUUUACAGUGGAGACGGAGAAUAUAGGUCUUGACCCUGUUAAUGCUAAUGAUUGCACUGAGAUCAGAGACAAUGUUGGCUCUGAAAAAUCCGAUCACAAUGUUUCCAUUGUAACCUCACCUCGAGAAAAUUGUGAAUCCAAUUAUCUGACUCCUGAAAAUGGUGACAAACCCGCAGAAAGCAUCUUAGAUGUUAAGUUAGGGGAGAUUGAGGCGGAUGGAGUAAAUACAGCAGACUUUGUUUGUGAUGAGAGGGAUGCAUCUUCUCUUUGUUUAAUUGAUGAAACUCAGAUGGAUCAUCAAUUUUCAUCGGAAUUUGAAAUGGACUUCAAGAGUGCCUCCUUCAAUGGAGGAUUAAAUCCAGACUAUCCUGAAGAAACUGAUUUGCUCAACAUUGUGGACACAGAAAUGACUACUCUUGACCAUCCUAUAGCAGAAGACCGUGGCGACUUCGAGGAUGCCUCAGUUGCUAAUGAUAUAGAAUUUUUGAACGUAGAUGAUGAUGUAGAAGAAGAUGAGGAUAACAUGCAAUAUGCAGCAGAUCCUACCUUUCUUGAAAACAGUGGAUGGUCUUCCCGCACCAGGGCUGUCGCCAGAUAUCUACAAAAUCUCUUUGAUAGGGAAAAUGUACAUGGGAGAAAGGUCCUUCACAUGGAUAGCUUACUUGUUAACAAAACGCGGAAGGAAGCAUCGAGAAUGUUUUUUGAGACACUGGUUCUCAAGACAAAGGAUUACCUCCAUGUAGAACAGGAAAGACCCUUUGACAACAUUAGUAUAAAGCCAAGAAUAAAUCUCAUGAAAUCAAGUUUCUGAUUUACUUAGGAAAAGGCAGAAGAGAUACACAGCUGGGGGAAAACCAAAAAACCAAAAAAAUGAAAACAGAAAGGCUACGGUAGAUGUUAGUUUGGCCGAUGCUCCGCUCGGGAUGUCGAUAGCUCUUUCUAUCACCAGAAAACUCCCCUUCCCAACAAAAUAAUCUUUUGUUCUCUCUUUCCUUCUUUUUGUUAUUAUUAUUUAUAUAUUGCCUUGUUUUAAGCUAGACGUUUAUGUAAGUGGGUCAGUGAGUCAACAGUCUAGUCGGAGUCGCGGUCGGGUCGGGUCAUCGUAUAUCAAUGUGUUUAUUGUACCCAACUUCUUUUGUAUUAUGACAGAUACUCUCCUCAUGUAUAUAUUAUCUGUAAAAAUAGUCCCUUGCUAUUGAAGAUGCUGAUUUAUUUGUUAGAAUCCUUGUGGACUCUGCUGGAAUUUGGAGGCUUUGCUGCAAAAUUUUCACUGUAAAUAUGAGAAAAAUGUAGCUGUGAA